AUGUCAUAAAUUUGCAAUCACGAGAGUUGUAUUAAAUCAUCUCUCCUUGGUUUAAGACAGGGUAUAUAUUAUGGAGGAAAGAUAAGAUUCUUUCAUGCUUUAGUAAUGACUUUUCUUUUUAGACCUGGCUCAAUUAAAUCCAAAUUCAUCACUGUUAUAUAGUUGACGUACUAACAUGCAAAAAAUCUGGGCAUUUUUGUAUUCCUCUAUAAAUCAAUAGUUUGUAUUCUAAACAACAUAAGAAAGAAAUAGACUAAGCUUCAUAAUCUAAUAAGUGGAGCUAUAUGUGGAUAUCUCGUUUUUGGAAGAAAUAAAUCUGCUGUCAAUUAAUAAAUUGUUCUCUAUGUUAUGAGUAGAGUAAUAAUAGGUUUGGCUUCAAACAUUUAGAGGAGAAAACUCUUACCUUAAUCCUGGGAUGCAUUCCCUCUACAAGCAGCUAUAGUCUGGGGAUUAGUCAUGCUAUUGUUUGAAGAUGAUAAGGGAUGCUUAUAGAACUCGCUAACUUCUAGCAUGACAUUUUUAUAUAAAGAUAGUGAUAGAUCUUAUUCAAGUUGGGCUGAACUAAUACCAUUCGAAAUGCCAGACUUUUUAUCAUUUCUUUGGAAAUGA